AGAAAAUAUGGAAGGUCUAUUAUUGCUGAAAUUAAUGGCACUGAUAUCUGCAUGUGCUGCUCAAGACUCUUUUAAUGACAGGAUCAUUGGAGGAUUUGAGGUUCAACCAUAUUCUGUGAAAUAUAUGGUCUCCAUACGAUACAUGUCAUCGCAUUACUGUGGUGGAGUUCUCAUAAACCCUCAAUGGGUUUUAUCAGCAGCACACUGUUACAAAUCAGAAGAUGUUAUCAGUGUUGUUUUAGGAGAACACAAUCUAUAUGUAUCGGAGGGUGUUGAGCAAGAAUACAAUGUAUCACUGGCUAUUCAACAUCCCAGUUAUAAGGGAAGUCCCUACUUUUGGAAUGACAUCAUGCUUCUCAAGCUCAGCAGGAAAGCACAAUUGAAUAGUUUUGUUGGAAUCCUGCCUGUUCCUCCAUACAGCACUGACAACCAAAAGAGUGGUACCAUAUGCUAUGUAUAUGGCUGGGGAGUCGUUAAGGUCUAUGCAUAUAGCUUGUCCAAUGUUCUACAAGGAGUUGAUGUUCCCAUUGUGGAUCGCACUGUAUGCAAUGUAGUUUACAACCGCAAAAUCAUGGAAUUCAUGGUUUGUGCAGGAAGGGGUGGAAAAGACUCUUGUUCUGGAGACUCUGGAGGACCACUUGUUUGCAAUAAUGUUUUGGAGGGCCUAGUUUCCUGGGGGAAUGGCUGUGCAAGUGUACUGUAUCCUGGUGUUUAUACCAAAGUUUCAUAUUUUCAACCUUGGAUUGCUCAAGUGAUGAAAAACAACCCAUAAAGCCAGCACCAAAGAAAUAAAAAGGAAUAAUUUAAAGAAGAAUAACUAAAUAGUGAUAAUGAUACCAUUAGGAAAUCACAGAAUUUAAGCAAAUGUAUCUGCGUCACUCUAUUACCAUUCAUUUUGCUUUUGUAUGAUUUAGUAUGUCUGACUCUUUUUAGUUUCUAAUGGUAUGUGCUUUGAAGGUUAAAUAUUGGGAAUAUAUAAUUAUGUACUUUUAAAAUUGCACCUCUAAAGAAGAUAUGAAGGCGCAAACCAUGUAUUGGCAUAGAUAUAACCUACCAUGUGGACAGUGGAGGUGUGGAUCUGAAAUCAGUGGAACCAAAAUUCAGGAACUUCUUGCUAGAGAAACAGAAGACAUGAAUAAAAGCCUGAGGUCAUCAAAUAAGGGACAUAUGUAAUUUAAUUAAAUACAGUUUAUUUUGAAGUAGAAGAUAGAUAACCUGUUUUCUUAAGCAUCAUUUGAUGUUAUAUCUAUUACCUUCAUGUUCCUUUUGUUCUCCACUAUGAGAUUGUCAUGCUUGCUCAAUAAACUUGUUUCUUUGCUUCAGAAACAGUAUAUCGUUAUUUUAUAUGACAAGUUUGAAUUAUGUGUAUUGUGUGCAUUAAUUGCCAUAGCCUUUUGCCACGAAGCUACAAUUUCAUGAAAAUGUAACUUUGAAGACAGAUAUGUUUAAAUAGCAUCAUAGAUUUCCAUGCUAGUUUAGAUAUUGCUAUAGCUGUAUCCAAGUAUCUCUCCAAAAUGGCUUAUAAAGUAAUACAGAGUUGUAUGUAAAAGUACUGUUUGCAUUAUUUGAAAUAUUUGUUUAGUAGAGUGACUUAGAUUUUUAUCACUUAAAUUCUUUCA